AUGAUUGUAACAACACUUAUAACUACAGUCAUAUUUGCUUCCAUCUUCACAGUCCCUGGAGGAAGUGAUGAGAAAGGCUUGCCCACUUUUGGAAAUCAACAUCUGUUUACUGCCUUCAUUCUCUCAGCAGGACUAGGGCUUUCAACAUCUCUUGCAUCCCUUCUUACUUUCCUCUCAGUCAUCACUUCAAGGUAUAAAGAAGAAGAUUUCAGGGUGAGCUUACCAAGGAAGUUGAUGAUUGGCCUAGUGACAUUAUAUCUAUCUUUCGACACUCUCAAUGUUGGUCACUUUUACCAUGACUGGCCCUGA